AUGCUGAAAUGCAACGUAUGUGGUAAAGCAUUCGAAUACUGUUCACUUCUGCUGAGACACAAAUUGAUACACGAAAACAUGCGACCACUCAAAUGUCACGUAUGCAAUAGAACAUUCAAAGAAUCCAGAAUUCUGAAGAGACACAAUUUGACGCAUGGAAACGUGCGGUUAUUCGAAUGUGAAGUGUGUGGUUGGAAAUACAAACAGAAACGUAAUUUGGAUAAACACAUUAAAAGACAUGAAAGUUCGAGUGAAAAAUUAUAUUCUACAAAUCGCCGGUACAUGGUGAGUACUAUUCGUAGCAAAAUAGAUAACGUUGUUAUGAUGGUAUUUGGCAACGAUCAUAUAUCCCUUUUAAAAUUCCGCAAUCGUGCCAAGAGCUAUGGAGACAAAAAAAAGAAUGGAUAUUCAGAAGUUUUUUUGGAUCGUAUGGAAGCAGCAAUACGCUCACCAUAUGUCUAUACCAACAGAUCAUCAAAACGUGAAGUACGUGUUAUUAAAGAUGACCUGAUGAAGAGAAUAACACUCUCAAGUCUUGGAAUGAUUAGUAAUUAUGAAAUGACCGAUUGGGAAGAUUAA